GACCCUCCCAGGGAGACCGCCUUGGAGGACAUCGCCCCCGCCCCCGGUGCGGGGCCGGGGACACUGCGGGCGGCGCUCGCAUCUUUCCCGCCCAGCCCGGGAGAAGAGGGGGUCUGGGGACAGCGACCGUACKCCGGACUCGUCUUCAGGUUGCACARGGGAGGCCGCAGCGGAACYUUUCUCCUCCGCCCUGCUCUAGAUUCCACCCGGGCCCCGUUGGCGCCGUACGCAGUGGUGGAGACUUAGACAUGGAGACGGCGGGCGCUGGGCCUGGCGAGCCUUCCCACCUGGAGACUCGGGCGCCCACGGACGAUCGGCUUUUCCUGGUGAAAGGUGGAAUUUUCCUUGGUUCUGUUGCCGCAGCAGGAAUGUUGGCUGGAUUUGUUACCACACUAUCAUUGGCUAAAAAGAAAAGCCCUGAAUGGUUCAAUAAGGGAAGCAUGGCUACAGCUGCCUUACCAGAGAGCGGGUCUUCCCUUGCCUUGAGAGCUCUUGGCUGGGGCUCACUUUAUGCCUGGUGUGGGGUUGGUGUGAUCAGCUUCGCAGUCUGGAAAGCUUUAGGAGUUCACAGUAUGAAAGACUUUCGAAGUAAAAUGCAAUCGAUAUUUCCAACAAUUCCCAAGAACUCCACGUCAGCUGUUGAGUGGGAGGAAGCACUGAAAUCUAAAUAGAAGGACAUGGGUGAAUUCCAGUAUGGUUGCUGCAGGAAGGGUGGUUUUGGAAACACCACCACAGUUGAAAAGGGACUGGGAGCAGUUUCCCCAUGGAUCACCAACAGAUUGUGAUGAAGCGCAGGACAGCAGUGUCGGGGCUCCCCGGCAGGCGCUCUUUCUGUGUGCCUGCGUCUGUCGGGAGGGAAAUGUCUUCCCAAAGUUCAGAUGACUAUUUAAYAAUAAUAAUCAUUGGGAUGCCUUCCCAGGGGGAGGGGGCCCAAAGGAAAGAUGUCUGUUUGGAACAAUAAACCAAGGGUUGUACCCGGGRAAAAAAAGAGUUUAUAAUAAAGUAUGACAAAGAAUCUUUAUAAGCAGACCUCUAACAGCAGUGAUACCUCAACGUAUCUAAAUAAGUGGGUUUUAUGAGCCUUUCCUGUCAGUAUAUGCCUGAGACUCUGGAUGGUUACUAUGAGGCAGUGUAAAGUGACAGGCUCAUAGGUGACUCCCACAUAGUGGGAGGCAGUCGUGUGGCUUGUGGUCCUGAAAGUCUUUGGUUUGCAGCUAGGACACAUUCCAGUUGCUCACCUGAUGGCCUCACUGGAAGGCCCUGUGAACUAUCAUGG